CACACACUCCACACUCGAGUACAUUCCCUCCCACUCCCACUCAUACUUACACUCACCCUCCAUUGCAAAAUGGCGUCUAUACCCACCCCGAUCCAGUGAUUGGUUGCUGUCCUGUAGAAAUUAACUCACUUCAAACUUUUCUGGCACUUUUUUCUCCCCUCCAUCUGCCCCACGAUCGAUCUGCUCCAACUUUAUCUUAACAAUUUUACCUCUUCUUUCUACAAUUAUCCCUUUUAGUCAACAAUAACAACCACCAGGCACCUGCAAAGCAAUCAAUUCGGAUUAUAAUUUCUUAAAGUUUAUAACAUAUUUUCUUUUACUUUUGCACAUUUCCAUUUGAAUUAUCUGAAUCCAGCAAACUGAUUAAGACGGAUUAAUUAACGAGGAUGAACUUUCUAAUGGAGAUUUCUUUACUUCUAACAAGUUUCUUGUUGUUGUUGCUGUUUGAUGUUCCAGUUGUGAAAUCUCAAACAGUGACAUUCUCCAUCUCUUCUUCUGCCAAAAUUGGUGAUUCUGCUCAGUUCUUCUGCAAUGCCACCACCACAGAACCUCAGUACGAUGCUUAUUUCAUGCAUAAUGACAACCAGAUUUCUAAAGCCAUAGCUUCUUAUGUUCGAGGUCAAAGUAGUUCCAACAUUUCAGUCACUGGUUCAGGCAACCAGUAUUACUAUAAGUAUUCGAUCAGUUCUUUGUCUUGCUCUGACCGAGGGAAUUACAGGUGUUACGUGGUGAAUCAAAAUUCUGAUCUGUUCAAGACUAACAGUGUGACACUUGAUGUUCUGGGUCCAGCUGGAACUCCCGAUCUGACGGCUCCUUCUAAUAAUCAAAUUCUCAAUGACAUUGUCACCGUUUUUGCGAGAGUAACGUUGGAAGUCCUGCACAGGAAUUACACCUUUGUGUUGGCAAUACCCGCGCUAAACCAAACCCACCAGUUAAACAGGUCGAUCAGUGCAUUUUCACACAAACUGCAAGCCUAACAUUUCAAGUCACCAAGACAACCAAGACGGCUACAUGUAGAGUGGGGUCAAGUUAUUUGGAAGAUAAACAAACCUGGGAAGUUUACUAUCCCGUUGAUGCCAUCAGACUAAUUCCAAAUGUCACAGAAUGGACACUGGUUCGUGGCACGAAAAGAAGAUUUCGCUGUGUAGCAUUCGGCAACCCUGACCCCACAACCAUGUGGGAGUUCUUCCCAGAGACAUCUCAAACUAGCAGGAUAUCUUGGGGUAGAACUAUGGAACUGGACCCUGACACAAGUGGGGUGUAUGUGUGUACCGCUAACAACACGGUUGGCGGAAUCUCCCAUAAAUUGACCAAGACUGUGACCGUUACCAUCUUUAACUCAGCCAUCACGGCUUACAACUCUCUCAAUCUCUCUCUUGCUCUCUCUCUCGCUCUCUCUCUCUCCCUCACUCUCUGAAU